AUGAACAGCGCGACUGGCCCAAUUCCCGGAGGCUGGAAGUUUGGCUUGCGUGACUCCAUUUCCAUGGCCAGCAGCCGUCUAGUUGGGCGGAUAAUGAUCGGAAAACUUCCAGCCGGUAGGGGUUUCCCGGAGACUGAAGCUCUUCUGAGUCAGGUUCCGCUACCAGCCGAAAUCAAUGAAGAUAACUGUCUCAGUUGA